GCCCGAUCAGCGGCGUUCACUCCUCCCGCGCAUCUUCUGAGGCAUUAGGAAACGUACUUCUUUCUAUCCGUCAGUCAUGAACUGGACAGUGCUUGUAUUGGGUAGUGCGUGCUUACUGGUCCUCGGUGAGGACGCGUUCGUUCAUGGGAAGCGCAACGCGAGGACAGUGACUUUCUCUCGGUCUCCACGCGGUCACUCGAGACACAGACGGGACACCUGGACUGGACAAGCGCGUUUCACAGCAUGCAAGUCUCCACUGUCACCCAAAGACCAGGCGCUUCUGCUCAGCCACACACACGAGACGGGGUUUCAUGGUGAUGAUGGAUCCAGUUUUACCCUCACAUGGGUUGGAGAUGGAACUGGGGUAAUCCUGGUUCUUUCCACACUCAGCGCUCCCUCUGACUCGUUUUAUGAAGGCGGUUCAUCGCGCCUUUAUAGGAGUGAAGACUAUGGAAAAUCUUUUCAUGAUGUCUCCCAUACCAUUAACAACACAUUUAUAAAGAAGGACUUUGGGAUAAGUGCUGGACCCGGGAACCCUCAACAGGUGAUUCUAACAGCCAACCUGCCUUUCACCGAAAGCCCAGGAGGAGUUAUUUUUACGUCAAUGGAUGCUGGUGUGACGUUCAGAUCAGUGCAGCUUCCAUUCCAUCCAGCACAGGCCAUUCAGUUCCACUACCAGGACCCAAAAUACCUUGUGGUCAUCAGCAUUGAUGAUGGGCUGUGGCUCUCAGAAGACUUUGGGAACAGUUGGUCUGAAGUUCACGAAGGAGUUCACACGUUCACAUGGGGAUCUGGAAUCACUCUUUUUUUCAGUUCCAGCCCAAAAGGAACUGUGGAGGCAGCAAGACGAGGCGAGCUCAUUCUGAGACGGACACAGGAUGUCGGCAAAAAUUUCACCACCAUCGCCAAGAACAUCUUCUCCUUCGGAUACAUCGGUGGCUUCCUGUUUACCUCUGUCAUGGAAAAACUGGGCUCUCCCCGUAUCAUCUAUGUGUCCUCAGACCAGGGUGACCAUUUCAGAAAAGCUCAGCUACCGUCAGCAACUACAGAGCAGUUCUACUCCGUUUUGGACGGAGACGAGGACAUGAUCUUCAUGCAUGUGGACAACCCUGGAGAAGACACAUAUUUUGGCACAAUCUACACCUCUGAUGACCGUGGAAUCCUGUAUUCUAAGUCUCUGGAGCGCCACCUGUUUGGUGGGGAGGGGAAGAGCGAUUUCACAAACGUUACAUCUUUGAGAGGGGUCUAUCUCACCAACAUACUGGAGGAGGAUGGACGCAUUCGUUCAGUCAUUACAUUCGACAGAGGUGGGAGAUGGAGAUUUCUGAAGAAGCCAGAGAAUGUGAAUUGUCCAGAAACCUCAAAAAAGUGUAGCCUGCAUAUCCAUGGAGAGCACAGUCACUUCAGUGGAAUCACUCCCAUGCUGCCUCUCUCUGAACCUACCGCCAUUGGUCUGGUCAUCGCCCAUGGUAGUGUCGGUGACUCCAUUUCAGCCGCUCGGCCAGAUGUGUAUGUGUCUGGGGAUGGAGGUUACACCUGGUGGGGGACUCUGAGAGGACCUCACCACUAUAGCAUCCUGGAUUCUGGAGGGCUGAUUGUGGCCGUGGAGGCGCAUAGAGACAGACAGAUCAGCUCAAUAAAGUUUUCCACAGAUGAAGGACAGUGCUGGAAGGUAUUUAAUUUCACAGACCACCCAAUCUUCCUAGCAGGACUGGCAUCCGAGCCGGGCACUAAGACAAUGAAUAUCAGCAUUUUCGGCUACCGCCCAGACGAUGAUGAUCAGCCCAUGUGGGUGGCUGUCACCAUAGACUUUGAGCACCUGCUCACCAGAGAAUGUGGUGAAGAGGACUAUGUGCAGUGGUUGGCACACUCUGACUAUGACUCUGACCCAGAAACAGAUGGAUGCCUCUUGGGCUACAAAGAGACGUUUAGAAGACUAAAGAAACUGUCAGCAUGUAGAAAUGGGAGAGGAUAUGUGGUCAGCAGGCAGCAGCGUCCAUGUCCUUGCACUAGGGAAGACUACAUGUGCGAGUACGGUUUCUAUCGGCAUGAAAACACCUCGGAGUGUCUCCUACAACCCGACUUCCUGAAUCAAACCCAGGAUAUUUGCUUAAAUGGGGAGCUAGAAGACCUGCAGAAUACAGGGUAUCGUAAGAUUCCUGGCGAUAAAUGUGAGGAGGGUGUCAGGCCUCCGAGACGAGAAGAUGUUUUCAAAAAGCUUUGUGGGAAUGACAUUUCACCAACUUCCGCAAAUUCGCAUACUAAGAGAUCACCGGGCAUGCUGGUUCUUAUUGUGGUGUGUACUUGUGUGGGGGUCAUUGGUUUGAUUAUUACUGCAGCUUUAAUAAUCACUUCAAAGAGGAUGAACUGUAGGCAAAGGUCACCUGCUUAUCGCUUUUCGGCUCUGCAACUCCAAGAAGAUGAUCUGUCUGUUAGCAAUGAGAGCAGCCCCAAUGGCAAACUAAAUGGUUUCCAGGUCCAGGAGGACUCAGAUGAUGAUCUCAUUGAAUGAACAACAUUUAAACACUGGGAACUACUCAGGCUUUAAAGACAAGUGUGAAUUGUUUCAAAUGAAUCUCAUCACCCAGGCACUGUGACUGGACAAUAAAUGCUUGGAAAUAACGGUGAACUGCAUU